GCCGCGCGGGAGCGCUCCCCAGCCCGGGAACAGACGGGCUGUGGCGGCUCUGCGUGGGCACACGGGCACAGCGGGCUGCGGUCCGGCGCCAGCACCGGCAUCCCCGCACCGAGACGCGGGACGUGACUCAGGGAACACACAAGCUUCUUCAACAUGGGAGCUGUAGUAGCUGAUGAUGGUCCAUCAGGUGUUAAAGCCCCUGAUGGAGGCUGGGGCUGGGCUGUCCUUUUUGGCUGUUUUAUCAUCACAGGAUUCUCUUAUGCCUUUCCUAAGGCAGUUAGUGUCUUCUUUAAAGAACUUAUCCGGGAAUUUGGCAUUGGAUAUAGUGACACUGCAUGGAUUUCCUCCAUUCUGUUGGCCAUGCUUUAUGGAACAGGUCCACUUUGUAGCAUAUGUGUCAAUCGCUUUGGUUGUCGCCCUGUCAUGCUGGUGGGUGGCCUUUUUGCUUCAAUGGGGAUGGUGAUAGCUUCCUUCUGCACAAGCAUCGUUCAGAUCUAUCUAACUGCAGGUGUGAUUACCGGUUUGGGUUUGGCACUAAACUUUCAGCCUUCACUCAUCAUGUUAAACCGUUACUUUGACAAACGCCGGCCCUUAGCCAAUGGGCUAUCUGCUGCUGGGAGUCCAGUGUUUCUUUGUGCUCUCUCACCGUUGGGGCAGAUACUACAGCAUGAGUAUGGUUGGAGAGGAGGAUUCCUUAUCCUGGGUGGGAUGCUGCUCAACUGCUGCGUAUGCGGAGCACUAAUGAGACCUUUGGAGCCACCCAAAAAGGCUGAAGCUACCAAAGAGCCAGCUGAGAAGAAAGUGAAGAAAAAACUUCUGGAUUUCAGUGUGUUUAAAGACAGUGGUUUUGUAAUCUAUACGCUAGCAGCAUCUAUCAUGGUGCUUGGCCUCUUUGUUCCCCCAGUGUUUGUUGUGAGUUAUGCCAAGGAUUUAGGGUAUCAAGACACCAAAGCAGCUUUUCUUCUGACUAUUCUGGGAUUCAUUGAUAUCUUUGCUCGCCCAAUCUGUGGAAUGGUUGCUGGUCUUAAAUGGGUUAGACCACGCUGUGUCUACCUCUUCAGUUUUGCUAUGAUUUUUAAUGGCUUUACAGAUCUCAUGGGCUCUAUGUCUGCUGAUUAUGGUGGACUGGUGGUCUUUUGCAUUUUCUUUGGCAUUUCUUAUGGAAUGGUAGGUGCUCUUCAGUUUGAAGUUCUCAUGGCUAUCGUUGGUACGCAGAAGUUUUCCAGUGCUAUUGGUUUAGUGCUCCUGGCAGAAGCUAUGGCUGUUCUGAUCGGUCCACCAUCAGCAGGAAAACUCCUGGAUGCAACGGGGAGGUACAUGUUUGUUUUCAUUAUUGCUGGAAUUGAAGUUACCACCUCAGCCCUUGUACUGGCCUUGGGAAAUUUCUUCUGCAUUAAGAAAAAAUCAGAAGAACCACAUACAAGAGAAGAAGCAGCAGAAAGAGAGGAAUUAAACAAAUCUGAAAACAAAGCUCCUGAAGAUGCCAAAGUGGACUCUAUUGAAGUAGAGCAGUUUCUGAAAGAUGAGCCUGAAAAAAAUGGCGAAGUUGUAACUAACCCAGAAACAUGUGUGUGAGCAUGACAAGGAACUGAAAAGUGUUUAGAAAUGAAAGAUUUCCAAUGCUAUUUAUUUUAGAAACAGAAAUAGUUUAGGGCUGGGCCAUCUGCUUUAAUAACUGGGGGCUAGUCAGCUCAUCAGGUCUCUUUGGGAAGCUGAUUAGCUAGACAUCAUCCAACUGGAAAAAUAGCUUUAUUGGUAAAAGGUGGAACACUGUGGUUAUACAUUUUAUGUAAACUAAAAAGCUUUUAUGAACACGAGUAGGGUCUUGCUAUGCAUCACUGGAAACCGCUCACUUGGAAGAUACAGAAAAAGCAUAUUUUUAGAAAAGUGGAAUUAUAUGUAUGUUUUCAGACAAUAUUGAUGAAAUCGCUGUGUUGUGUGGCUAAAUAUAAUUUCCCUACGUUCUCUGUGAAGGGAAAAGACAUCGAGAUGGAUAAAAAUCUCAGGAACUUAAAGGCCUCCAUUAGGUUUUUGAAUUUCUUACCUUCUUAGAUUUUUUUAGAUUAAUUGGCUCAGCCCUAAUUUAAUUUUGAUAAUAUCUGUAACUUUGAUUUCCAUAAAUACAUUUCUGCCUAAACCUGUAACCUUUGCAAUUAUCAUCUGGAAAUCCUGUUUUUGGAAAGGCGCAUUACAGACAGCAUCCUCAGCAGAUUACACAAGUGGUAUUCCAAGAUAGUACUUAAAAAAAAAAAAAAAAAGGCAGAAUGGACCCUCACAGACCUCAGACCUGAGGAAACAAAAUUAGCCCACAAUUCCAUAUACUGUAUUCAAUAAAAUUUCCCUAGAGCAUUGAAAAAUAUUACAAGUAACAUGGACAACAUGAUCAGUAGAAUAUUCUGAAAAAAGUGUCCAUUUUGCAUAUAAAAGAAAUGAUGGUGCAAGUUUCCAGAUGACCUACAGAGUGGGUAGACUGAGGGAAGAGAUUGAACUACUUUGAAACAUGUCAGUCAUCCAUAAAAUGCAAUGUUAGCAUCACAGGGAGGUUUUAACAUGUUUAGUUUUGAGGUUUUUUUCUUCCUCAUUUAUCCCACUUCCCUACCCCCUGGCUUAAUCUAUGGAAGUUCAAAGUGCCAUUCUUGUUGUUUGAGGAAACAUGAUAGAACUGUUCAUCAUUUUUAUAAUGGCAUGGUAUUGAAUAGAAAUAGAAGGGAAAAGAAAGGCAUUGUAUUUUUUCUCCAACCGAAACCAGUCAAGAAAUGUAGUUUUUUAAAAUAUAAAAUCAUGCUACUGCAUCUCAUCUCUCAAAUCUACUUAUAAAAUGCUGAAUAGGCUUUGUAACUGCAGUAACAAUCUUCAAAACAGACAAAAUGUAACAGAUUCCAUUUUCUUAGUGGUAGCAAAGGAAUAUUGGCUUUCAGGUGCCAAAAUUGUUCUGCUUAAUAACUGAAAAUUGAAAGACCCUAAUCCCUUAAAACUCAGUAUCCACUUAAAAUUUUUACCAGAAACAAAGUGCCAAAACCAUGAACCAUUCUCUAAUGAAUGGUACCAGCUUCCAUUUUGGAAGUUUCUUCAAAAUGGUUUUGCAUUGUUAGGACAACCUUGCACAGAAGUCGGAAAGUUAGAAAUACAACUUUUAAAAGAAAUGGAUGCUGUAUAGAAUAAACUGGGUUUAUAUCCUAUGUAGUGCAUUAUUUUAAAGUCUUAUUAAUUUAGUGGCAGCAAUUGUAGCGAAUGACAUUUCCCAGUUGUAACACCUUACUUACUGAACUUAGCUCCAGUUUGCUAAAGACUAAAUUGGUACUUGAAACACAACACUGAUAGCUCCAGAAGGCAAGUGAAAAACAGAACCCACAGAGUAAUUUAUUAUAUCCUUGGAGGCUGCUUCAGAUGAUACAUGACGGCCUGAUACACUUUCAGAUUGGAUUUCCCUGUUGUUUCAAAAAGCAGAAAAUACAAACCUUUCCAAAGGUGAAUUCAGAUUCUCAGAUAGCCAUUUUUGUCUUACUGUGUGCUUUCAUCACUGGAUUUCUUUGCUAGAUAAUGCUAUGCAGUUAUCACAGAACUAAAUGGUUGUUCCUUUGACCUCAGGUUUUGGCACAAUUUUAAGUUUCUGUACAUUCUGCAAAUUGUCUAGACCGCUUUAUAUGUGACAGAAUGUUAUUUGUGCUUAUCAUACUGACUUUCCAGACUAUGUUUAAUUUUCCAUACAUAAUACUUUUACAGUUAAGCUGGAAAAAGUUUUAUGUUGUAAUUUUAUGUGGUUUGAGACAGAAAAGGAAGUUAAGAAGGCAAGGAGACACGGUUCAACAAGAAACCAUAAAUAAUCUUGUAAGUAAGUAAAACUGGUGUUCACAGAAAGGCCUCAUUUGCCUAUACAAGUUAUUUUCUUCCACUCAAAGAUCAAUCACUCUGACUGGGACUGCCAAUGCUCUUGUGCUGCUUUCAGCAUAGGUCUACCAAUGGCUGGCAGUAUUUAUGACAGCAGGAGAUGCUUACUGAAUGAGAGUGGUCAAAUCAAAGGACUCCUUUAUCGACUUUGAGGAAAAAAAAAAGAGCUAGAAUUUAAUUCACUAAGCAGUUUAAAAAACUAUAUUAGCAGUGUAAAAUCUUUUAUCAUUUUAAUUAAUUGCAAGAAGCAUCAAUACAAAGGUGAGAAACUCCUAAUGUAGCUCUCUUAGCAACAUCCAAAGUGGUAGGAUUGAGUGUACUUCAGAGUUCUAGAGCCAGUUAGAAAAAGCCAAGCUCCUUGCUGCCAUUCUGUCCCCACUCAAGGGUAACACCCAAGUGUGUGCUAGCCCUCCAGUCCUCUUUCUGUUCAGCUGCCUUUAUCUUCUUGGAAAGAGAUUUGCUAAACUGAUGGGAAGGAAACCUCCAUGCCAGAUCCCUAGGCUGAACACCUGCUGGCCACUAUGCUAGACUGUGAUGAAGCAUGUACCCAACUGUUCCUAUUGCCAUGGCCACAAAGGGUUAUUGAUCUCUCAUUUUAUAGACUUCUCUCCUUCCAACCCAAUGUAUUAAAAAAUCAAAAGCAACCAAAACUAAACCCCACAAGCAGCUAGUCCUUAGGUUCCUAGCACUGUCCAGCCAGGCUCCUUUUUAAUUUAACUCUGCUUAUUGUAAAUAUUUAAAUAGAUUGAUAAAUAUUUAAAAAAAAUAUUUUGUAUAUUUAAAUGCAAGGAAUUGAUUUCAAAUUCUUCCAGGUACUUUGCUACUGUAUUUCUUUAAUCUCAAUACCGCUGAGAUGCCCUUAAGAGCAGUCUGCGAGAUCCGCUCAUCCAUAUAUUUUGAGGACGUAUAUGGUCGAAACCAUAAACCAUUGCUAAAGAGACACUGAUUGCUCAGGGUGACAGGCAGAACAGUUUCAUGAAACAUCUAUUCCAGACAAACCUUUGUUCAACCUUCACCUGAUUAAAAUUUUGUGAUUUGAAAAAAGGUAAAAGGAAGGGAAUGUAGGUAAUUAUGCAACUGAAUUGCAAAGCAUCCGAAGAUUAUAGUUUACUCCUGCAUCGUACACUAUUGAAACAUAUGUAAUUUCUUUUGACACACAGAUCAUGAAUAUAUCGACGAAGUCUGGAGAGUACACUAUCAAAAACCAAAACAGUUUUCAAAGAGUCUUUCUCUGAAAGUAGUGAAUAGUCUUUUGCCCUGCAGGCUAGCAAAAUUUUUAAAGCACUUUGGAUCUUCACACAUUCUAUAAAUAGUGUACUAUAGGAUUUAUGGUUGAAGUAUUGUAUGCUUGAUUAUGUAAUGGGUCUUAGGAAAGUAAGGCCCUGAUGCAAGGAGAUGAAAUGUGUAAAAAUGCCAGUAAGACACAGAGACUAUAUAAAAGAGAAUACAUGUGUUUGCACAUACGUAUGUACAUAUAUGUGUACAUGCAUACAUACAUACACAUAUAAAAAUAUAUAUGUAAACAUGCAAAAUACCCACAGGAGUAGAUUACAGCUUGCCCAUUUAUUAGACAAUGAGCAGAGUUGAAAUUAUUUUCUUCCCCCUAUACAAAGAUCAGUUCGCUUUUUUGAAAAUUCUAAAUUAAAUAUUUUGUAGGCAUUUGGAGCCUAGAAGACCUCAGCAGAACUAGAAGUUUUAAAGUGAUGCAGCUAUCUUGUUUCAAGCUAAGCCAGUUCUCUAAAGUUAAGACUUGAGAUGGACAGUACGAAGGUAUGGUGUAAACGACUGGAGAGAUUUUGUGCUAAUAUUAAAUUCCAUUUACACAAAAUGGGUAUUAGGCAAUGUAGAAUCAUUCGUUAAAAAUAAAUUAGAACAUUCCCCUAAUCAAGCAAACAAACUUUGAAAUGAAAAAGCAGAAUUCACAUACGCACCUUUGGUACAUCCCAAAGGAAAUGUUUAGUUUGGUAGACAAUCAAAAACAGAAGAAUUUCAGAAUGCAAACUCUUACAUGUUACAACAUGUAAGUAUUGAUUUGUGUAUGUGUGUCUGUCUCUUUGCCACACUCAUCUUUAGGAUUAUGGGAAGCAAUUAAUUUUGUGCGAGAUGACAUUUCGUUUCUUGUUAAUGCACUUUAAUGUAAUGUGUAUAUUUAUACUUAGUAAUUUUUUUUAAGCUUUUCUAGUAAACUGUUGCAAAUGUAGUGAAUAAAUAUCUGAUUGUCAAAAACUGUGGGUUUCAGAAAAUAAGCUCAGAAAAAAAAUCAACACCCCAAUAUGGACAUUGGACUUAAUUUGCACAUGCCUAAUAAACAGCUACACAGGAACAAGUCUUUAUAGAGAAGAGCUGACGCUUAGCUGACAGGCAGCCAAAAUUUAAUGUGGGCAAGGGGGACUGCUUUUGCUGUGACUCAUAGUUUGGCCAAUUCCAAAAUGGAUAUAUGCUUCUGCUGUAAAUGAUCCUGAAGACUAUUUUAAAGCAUCAGCUAAUUUAAAAUAUCAGCAAUUAAUUUUAUGCUGUGUAAAAAGUAUUAAUGUUCUACUCUGACUAGUGCCCCAGGUUUUGUUUACAGGUAAAGUUUAAUGAACUGUCAUGACUUAUAAAGCCCAAAAUAUUUUGGACACUGACAUGUUGGCAAGCUGUCUUUACUGUCAAGUGAUGCUCUUUAGAACUUGAAAGCUCCUAAGAAAACACAGUGUAGGCAUACAUUUAUGUUGUGGGGUUUUGGCUCCUAUGGUACCUCAGCUAGGACCGGCUCCUCAAGGUAUAACCUCAAGGCUACACCCAGGUAAAUCAAAAUUACAAGCUCUUCAGUGUAGCAGGACCUAUCUUUUGGGAUCUGAAGACACAUACCUGUGCUUAAUUCUAAGUAUCUCUGGCAAGAGAUCUUUGAGAAAACUUUCUAAGCUCACCUUAAAAAGUUUCUGUAUACUUACACAGAAAAGGUCACAGUUUACAUAAACACCCCCCACCCCCACCCCCAAAUACUUGAAUAGAUACAUGAUUACCUUUUUUAUACUCAUUUAAUUAAACUGGCAAGGCUUAAGGUGUAAUCAAAUGCUUUGAGACCCAAUGGCCAAACCAAGCCAUAUUCUGCUGCAGGAAUUAAUAUUACUCAGUGGACUAAAAUGACAGAACUUACUAGCAUGUAGUCAGCCCACCCUUGUGACAGAAAAAUAGAAUUAUCUUUCCCUCUAGCUCUCUUUGAGUCUGAAAGAAAGAAGUAGAGCCAUUCACUGUAGGGGAAAAUGGGCUUGACCUGAGUUGCACAGCUGCUGUUCCCUGCUGCUGGACCUGUUGAAGAAGUAUUCGUCUCCUUGUGGAAGAGUAAACAACCUUGACAACAGCAGAGGCACUGCAAAUGAGAAGCAACAGCUUUGGAAGGGAUUGUUUGAGCAGCUUUCUCAAUGCUUCUGAGAUAGAGCUCAUUUUUGUGCCAGUUAAAAUGCUUAUGCUCUUAGAAGCAUUUUGCUAGUGACACAGUCAGCUAGAUCAGCAGUCCUGCAUUUGAGAAUGUAUGGCAAAUUGAGAUACAGAGUAAAAAACUAUUUACCUCUAGAUAUACAGUUAGUUCCUUGACUGAUCUCCGUAUUUGCUUCAUCAUGUCAGCAAAAUUUCAGUUGGUAGCCUUCCUCACUACUCCCAGAUGAAUACUUCAGAGCAUUAAGAAGGGAUGGCUUUUGCUCUUCUCACUUUUCAUCUACUACUCUUUUUAUUGUGAAAGGUUUAAAACCUUUCACAAUAAAACUCUGAACUCAAUGAAAAAGUAUAUCCAGAUUUUAGUAUUUAAAACUCUUAAACAGCAAAGACCUUCUGAGUGUUGUUGAAAAAUGUGCCUUAAGAUCAAUUGAUGACGUGUCAGACAAAAUACCUUUUUUUUUUUUUUUUUUUGGCCCUGAGAGCAGAGAAACAUUUGCUGUUUGGGGUCAUCUAAGAAAAAGACCUCUGCAUGACCUCAGAUUACCCUGGUUUAUCCUUUCCUUAAGGAUUAAGGGAAAUACCAGAAGCUGUGUCCUGCCUUUGUGCCUGUAAUACUUGUAAGUCUGAACCAAGCUGAGGACUGCAAUUGAACAAAUUUUUUUUCUUGUAGUUUUCAGGACUAAGUAUUUUCUUCUUAGUGUAUAAAGUACCAAAAGAAUUCUUGUUCUACAUCCCACCCCAAACAUCCUGGACUGAUCACGGCAAAGACACUGUAGACUAGGGAUUAAUAAUUUAAGAUGAUCUGCAGCAUUUCUCCCUUUUCCACUUUUUCACAUCCUUCUUUGUCCAUUAGGCAUACAUUUAUAUCUCAGACCUAUACCUUAAGCAUUUUGAAUCAAGAAUUGUCCAAAAUGUGAUUAACAUUUUUAGGCAUAUUUUUGUAGAUUCUCCUCUUAUUUUCUACUAUCCCCUGCCUGCAGCACAUAACGGUUUUCACAGAAGAACCAACCCAUACUAGUCUUAAUAAUAUAAAGCAAGGAAAAAACCCACCAACAUCUAAGAAGUUGUAAAGUGUUAAUACUGCACAAAAUAUUUUCUGAAAAAGUUGGUAUGAUUUGGCUGUGAAACACAAUCUUACUGAAGACCAGGCCUCUGAGCACUCUCCUCAUACAAAAGCACUGAACAAUGCACAGUCUAUACAAAUUCAGGUUCAGCCAUUUAAAUCUAUACAUAGUCAUGUAAAAUCAACAACUGUCACUUGAAUGAAUCAGAGGGAAAUGUACUGUUAUAAUAACAAAAUACUGCAUUCUUUUACAGUAAAACCUUUUUAUUAUUAACCUAGCUCAUCCAGUGAAUUUUAGAAGCUACUGUAGGAUUAAGUCCAUGAUGGAUUACACUUGCUCACAAUCUCAAAGCUUAAAUUUUGAUUCCUGACCAGAUGGCCCAGCACUAUUAAAAAAACAGUAGCAUUGUUUUAAUUUGGUAUUUUGUACACAAAGUGCAGCUCUUGUAAAGCAAAAGUCAAAGAACAAAAUAAACACCUUUUUAUUUAUUUUAAUAGAGAAACUAAAUAUUCUUGAAAUAAACAUGUCUGCUGCUCUAGCCAAUACUAUACUCAAGGGGGUCUGAGACAUGAGGAAACAAAGACAAGUAGUUGUGCUUAUGAUAUUUUUUCCAACUGGAAAUGAUGACUUCAUCAACAUGCUUUCCUCCAAGGAAUAUUUUGAAUAUUUUAAUGAAGUUAAUAUGGAAUAUAUGGACUCAAAUGUUUUUGCUUAAUACCUCUCUUAAAGCAGAGGUUUUUUUGGUUUUUUUUUUAAGUACUUGUACCACUCAAGGACUCUGUAACCACUCAAGAUUAUGUAAAACAGCAGCACAGGUGGUAUUUUCCAUAUAAAAGCAUAUACACUAUGUUAAAUGAAAACCACGAGAAGAAGUUAAAAUAUCCUUCCAACUUUUAAAGGUCUGAUAAUAAGAAAACAUGGGUUCCUGAAGGUCCGUCUACUCUCAGAUUAUAAUAGACUUUUGGGAAUCACACAGCAAAAUCAGGAAUUUUAUUAUACAGGGCACCACUGUGAGUACAGCUCACUAUUUUUCUUGCUUUCACCUUAGCUCCCAUAACUGAUAUAAUCUCAAUUCCCUUACUAUACCGUCUUACCAAUACCAUCCAUUACUUGAUAUGCAAAAGCAUUUGUACAAAAUUAAAAACUUCUGGAAAAAAAGAGAAGUAUCCAAACAAAAACAUUUACCUUUAAACUGGCAAAAAGGCAUGCUUUCUGCGAGCAAAGCAAUUAAUGCUUUCUAUUUCUUCCUGUAUACCCCAGGAUCAAACUACCAAACUCUUUCACUGAAAGUUUUGCUACCAAGACAGUAUCUUCAAAUGUUUGCAACUGACAAUAUUCUUUGUAGGUACAGAAAUCCCUUGAAAAAAAGAAAAAAGAAGAGAAAAAUGAGAAAAGAGAAGCAAAAAAAAAAAAAAAAAGAGAUAAAAA